UCUCAUUCAUAGAGCCAGCGGGCGCGGGCAGGACGGGCGCCCCGCGGCCGGACCCAGCCAGGGCACCACGCUGCCCGGCCCCGCGGCUGGCACUUCCAUCCUGAGCUCCCCGAGACGCAAGAAAGUCACCCUUUGCGGCUCUUUCUAGAUCUGCGUUGGACCUUCUUGUUUUCCUUUCCUUUCCUUUUUUUUUUUUUUUAAUUUUUAUUUUUAUUUUCCCUUUCUUACUUUUGAAUGAACCGGCUUCUAGGCUUUGGAUGUUUCAACUUCUAGGCUGUGAACUUUUCUCCGAUUGUUUCUUUUGACAACUGCGGGAGAAAGUGUUCCGGAGUUCCAGGCGAGCGGUGAAGUUGCGUGUGCGUGGCAGGGUGCGUGGGAGUGAGCGUGUGUAACUCGAGCCUACUGGUCUACGGUGCCUCCUCCCAGGCCCGCUCCACCUGCUGCGGUUACACGGUGCUCGCUCGUGGGUAUUUGUGCGCCCCAGCAGAAAACCAGCCACCGCCGGGCGACGUUGGAGGAAGAUCAUCUUGCCAGACUCUGGGCUGACUCACUCAACCAAUGUAGACAGUGGCUGACUUCCGAAGAGUGCGAGUCUGCCUGUGUGUGUGACCCAACUGCGGCUCAACUCCCACCAAACCACAGGAUCAGCCACAAACUUAACCAGCGUUCCCAAACCAGAGUCCUCAGCUGUGGGAAGCUCUACCCUGAGUGUCAUCGAGUUUGACUUUUUUUUUUUUAAGAUUAGCUACAGAUCUUUGUAAAGCACUGACCAUUUAUUUGGCCAGAAUUUAUUGAGUAAUGACAAGUGAUCCUAUCCCAGCCUUCCAACUACUGAAGCUGAUUUUCAAGGCUACUUAAAAAAAAAAAAACUGCAGCAAACAUUAAUGGAUUUCUGUUGUGUUUAAAUUCUCUACAGAUUGUAUUGUAAAUAUUUUAUGAAGUAGAUCAUAUGUAUAUAUUUAUAUAUACGAGCACAUACAUUAGUAGCACAAUCUUUUAAAGUUACGGCUCUUGCUUUUGAGAAACGAAGUGAGUUUUUCAUGGUAAGAGGGGCGCUCUGUAUGGAAGACACUCCUAAGUUUUGUAUUUUGUUGAGACUCUAAACAAAACUGACCCGCAAGAAAGAAAAACAAACUGACAGGCAACUAACUGCUGGAACUUCCAAAUCUAGUUUUUGCUGGUCAUUUUUUGGUUGUUGUUGUUGUUCUGCGCAUAAAUAUUUUAGGACGCGUAUGGGAAUUUUGCCUCCGGGACCGUUUGUAAUAGCCAAAGACUGAACUUCAACUCUCAAAGCGAGGCUCUGUUGGGCAUUUGACUUUGAAUUCUGGUUGCCCACUUUUUAACGCACUAAGCGGCCAGUUGCUAACCCUGCUUGGGUGUGAGGCCGAUCCGUGUAACUAGAUCUCAGUCCGGGACUGAUGGUAAUUUAGUCUCCUACCCCCACAACCCUCCGGUAGUAAUAAAGGCUUCUGAACUUGUAUGUUGGUCUCCCGGGAGCAGCUUGCAGAAGAUCCGAGCCCCUGUCGCCGUCUAGUAGGAGCUGUUUUCAGGGUCCUUACUCAAUCGGCUUGUUGUGAUGCGUAUCCCCGUAGAUGCCAGCACGAGCCGCCGCUUCACGCCGCCUUCCACCGCGCUGAGCCCCGGCAAGAUGAGCGAGGCGCUGCCGCUGGGCGCCCCGGAUGGCGGCGCCGCCCUGGCCAGCAAGCUGAGGAGCGGCGACCGCAGCAUGGUGGAGGUACUAGCUGACCACCCUGGCGAGCUAGUGCGCACCGACAGCCCCAACUUCCUCUGCUCCGUGCUACCCACUCACUGGCGCUGCAACAAGACCCUGCCCAUCGCUUUCAAGGUGGUGGCACUGGGGGACGUCCCGGAUGGCACUCUGGUCACCGUCAUGGCAGGCAACGAUGAAAACUACUCGGCAGAACUGAGAAAUGCUACCGCGGCCAUGAAGAACCAGGUAGCGAGAUUCAACGACCUCAGGUUUGUCGGGCGGAGCGGUAGAGGCAAGAGCUUCACUCUGACCAUCACCGUCUUUACAAAUCCGCCACAAGUUGCCACCUACCAUAGAGCCAUCAAAAUCACAGUGGACGGCCCCCGAGAACCCCGAAGACAUCGGCAGAAACUAGAUGAUCAGACCAAGCCCGGGAGUUUGUCCUUUUCCGAGCGGCUCAGUGAAUUGGAGCAGCUGCGGCGCACGGCCAUGAGGGUCAGCCCGCACCACCCAGCCCCCACGCCCAACCCUCGGGCCUCCUUGAACCACUCCACUGCCUUUAACCCUCAGCCUCAAAGUCAGAUGCAGGAUGCCAGGCAGAUCCAGCCAUCCCCACCGUGGUCCUAUGACCAGUCCUACCAGUACCUGGGAUCCAUCACCUCUUCCUCUGUCCACCCAGCGACACCCAUUUCACCCGGCCGUGCCAGCGGCAUGACCAGCCUCUCUGCAGAACUUUCCAGUCGACUCUCAACGGCUCCGGACCUGACCGCCUUCGGCGACCCACGCCAGUUCCCUACUCUGCCGUCCAUCUCCGACCCGCGCAUGCACUACCCAGGCGCCUUCACCUACUCGCCGCCCGUCACGUCGGGCAUCGGCAUCGGCAUGUCAGCCAUGAGCUCGGCCUCUCGCUACCACACCUACCUGCCGCCGCCCUACCCCGGCUCAUCACAGGCGCAGGCCGGGCCCUUCCAGACCGGCUCGCCCUCCUACCAUCUAUACUACGGCGCCUCGGCCGGUUCCUACCAGUUCUCCAUGGUGGGCGGAGAGAGAUCGCCCCCGCGCAUCCUGCCGCCCUGCACCAACGCAUCCACCGGCGCCGCGCUGCUCAACCCCAGCCUCCCCAGCCAGAGCGACGUGGUGGAGACCGAGGGCAGCCAUAGCAACUCGCCCACCAACAUGCCCCCCGCGCGCCUGGAGGAGGCCGUGUGGCGGCCCUACUGAGCUGAGCGCCAUCGCCAUCGAGGGACUGGGCCUGCCGUCCAUGCACAGACCCCGCCAGGAGGGCCCUUGGAGGCCACCAGGAAGAAUCCCGGAGGGAAACUGUGAAUGCUUCUGAUUUAGCAAUGCUGUGAAUAAAAGAAAGAUUUUAUACCCUUGACUUCACUUUUUAACCACGUUGUUUAUUCCAAAGAGUGUGGAAUGUUUUCGGUUCGGGGUGGGGAAGACGCAGCCCAUCCUGUUUGGCAUCUAUUUCUUAUUUCGGAGUUUUCUUUUCCGCACCUUAUCGAUUGCAAAAAUGCCUGUUUGCAUCUGGGUGGUCAUUUAUUUUUAAGUGUGUAUAGAUUUGAGCUUGCUUUUUUUUCUUCCUUUGACCAACUCAAAGAAAUAAAAUUCCCUUCUCUGUAAGGUUUAUUUAACUUUUAGACUUUCAUGUAGCUGGGGGUUUUAUUUGUGUUUGGUUUUUGUUUUUAUUUUUAAAGAGACAGCUACAGCUUUGGGUCAUUUUUUAACUACUGUAUUUCCACAAAGAAAUCCCUAGAUAUUUAUGUAUCUUGAUGUUUGAACAUUUACAUAUGUGUUGAUACUUUUUUAAUUAUUUAAAUGUACUUAUAUUAAGAAAGAUAUCAAGUACUACAUUUUUCUUUAUAAUAGCCAAAGUUAAAUAUUAUUGCGUUGAAGAUGUCUGGAAAAAAAAGAGAUCGCUUGGUUAACUAGAAAUAUUGUUUACAUUAAACUCCCUUUAUGUUAUUCAAACAAGUUGGUAGGUAACGCAGCAAUGUUUUUAAUUGGAUUGUAGACACUGAGGGUCACUCCAAGGUCAGAAGUACAAAAUUUUCUGCUAGGCUCAACAAAUAGUCUCAUACCUGGCUCCUUCCCUUCAAAAAGAGAGGCAAACUCUGUCCUGAAAGGGUUCAGAGAGGUGCCAAGGAUUUGCUCUGAAGAGGAUUUCAUUUUGGCCUGGAGAUAUACUUGCCCCAAGGCCUCCUCAUUCUGGCAUGCUUUAUCACAGAGCUCAACCAAGUAAGCUGUUGGUCAGGGGUUUACUUACAUAGUAUUUACAUAGACCCAAACCACUGAAUGUGAUUUUUAAAUUGCCUUCCAUUAAUAGUACCCGUUCAUUGAUGAAAACCAAAACUUGAGGCUGUACCCCAAAGAUCCAAAUAGAAGAGUUAAGACCAGGUGUCUUUGAGGCCUAAAGGCUGAGUUUUAAGAGAGUGUACCCCAAAAGUCUGAAGGAGCCGGUUUCCUUCUCCCAGUCUUAGUGGAAUCAGUCAUGGGAGGCAGAUGCCACGCCCACCUGUGCAGGAUGCUCCUCAGAAGCUGCCCCUUCACCAGCAUCUUCUCCCACCAGGCCGAGCCCCUGACCUUUGGGGUGCAUCAGUGUGAUAGAUCCUGGUCUCUGCAGUCCGCCAUGGCUACGGUUCAGAUGUGCAUCGUGUCACUGUAAAUGUAAUGGUACUGUUGUUACAGUGGAGGACUUGGUCAAAAUCCAGUUGUUCUACAACGUAUGAAGCCUAACCGCUGGUUCUGACAUACAUGUGCUCAAAAUGAUCUGGUUGUUUGGAUUUUUCUUUUGUUGUUUUGUUUUUUAAUGUACCUCUUAAAUUAGUUGAAGUGAUGUCAGGUCAACUCCGAAGAGCGUUUGAAAGCAGGACUUCAGCACAGUGUUUGAUUUUUUUAUUAUUAUUAAUAUUAUUUUAUAAAUUUAAGCAUUCAGAUUAGAUCUUUGGCUGCAGGCAGCAAAAACGGCUGGACUUAUUUAAAAAAAAUACAGCUUGUUUUUUGAGUUAUCUAUAUCUAUAUCUAUAUGUUGAUUCUUUGUCUUACAUAGAGCAGCAGCACUUUGGUAACCUGUGAUACCAGGUUGCUCUUGUCUGGAGAAGAGCGCUAGCAGGAUUCAGAGAAACUCAGAAUAGAUCUUCAUAUCAGCCAUACCUUCCUCCUCCAUCCGGUCUCCACUCAGUUAUUCCACAGAACACUUUGACAGCUGUGUUGUCAGAAAAAUAAAAAAAAAUUUAAUUUCUCAAAAGGAGUUUGUUUCUCCAACAUUAGAUGUUCCUCUUACCAUAGGCUGCCGUAUCUGGCCUGAGAAAACGGUAGGGAAGGACGAAGGAAAGAGAUUUCUAUUUUUUCAUAUUAAUUUUGAUAUCUAAAGAUACGCUAGCCCUCAGAGGAGCAGAUAAUCUCACACAUUGAAUUUUCGCCCUGGGCACCAUGCAUCAAGAAGGCUUGUCACUGUGUUAGAGCCAUUUAGUGCUUCCUAAACUUUUAUCAACAUAGGCAGUAUUUAGUCUCAGAGAAAAAAAAAUCCAUCAGGCACAUGUAGUCUUGGAGAUAGAUUCCACGGGGCAGGUAUUUCUCUACCUGAGAAAUUGUGUUCAUUGCCUUCGGGUGCUUCCAGCGGUCUCCUCAUUCGCUGUCUUCAAGGAAGACCCAUAAGCCAAUUCUGAGAUAAUGGAGCUGUUGGGAAUACUGGUCCAGAGAAAGAAAAAUGGGAUAAGCCAUUCUUACUGCUUAUUCAAGCCCCUAUUUAUAAUUUUAACACACUUUCCAUUCCUUCUGGUUUUCUCGCCGUCUAUAUCCUCCCAAUAGCCCUUCUCACUUUUCUUUUCCCUCCUGCAAACACACACACACACACACACACACACACACAUAAGGCACACACACACACAUCCUCUCCCCCAUACCAAGUGUCCAGAACACAGAAAGUCCAGUUCUUCUCCGUUUAUUAAAGAACAGGGUGAGUCAGCCAUUCUCUUGCUCACGGGUUUUUUUCCCCAACAGAACAGAGGCGUUGCCAGCCAUUUUGGGUCUGCUUUCUGUCCAGAUACUGCAGCAAAAACUCUUGAGGAUCACAACCCGUUGGCUGAGCAGCUGUGCUGCUGCCCAAACGUCCUGCGCAGACAAACGCACGCUGGGACCGGAAGGGGUGUCUCUCCUUCUGCCUCUUUUCUUUCAUACGUUUCUCUCGAAAGGCCUCAACUGAGGACUGCAAAUUUCUUUCUUGAAAUAACUUUCCCCCAGGGACAUUCGGUCUUAGGGAUUUUUUGGUUUUGAUGGGUUUUGUUUUGUUUUGGUUUUUUUGGUUCUUCUCAUUUUCUUUGUAGGAGAAGGCAUGAGAUGUUGAGGGUCUUUCAUACAUGAAAAUAAAUAGUUUGACAGCAAUCUCAGAAUAUAUUUUUUCCUUAUUUGAACAAAGUACUGUUUUGUUUACUCUACAGUACACCUUUAUUUGGUGGGUUUGGCUGUUGGUCGGAAAUGCCUUCCCUCUUUCAGCCAGGUCGGUAUAGCCAAAGCUGAUCAUUUGUCUGUUUUUUCUUUUUUUUCCUCAGAAGAGUUGUAUCCACAAACUCAAUUGUAUUUAUGUAUGUAAAUAGAUUUCAUGCUUCAUUAUAAAAUAUUGUUAAUGCCUGUAAUAACUUUUUUCACAUUUUGUGUGUGUUUCUAAGGACUUUUUCUUAUGUUCGCUAAAUAUUGUAGAAGAAAAAUGCUUCUCUUAACUUGUUUAUUUUAGAUUUUAAAAAAACCAAGCUACUUCUUACUCACUUUUAUAAACAUAAUAAACAAGCAUGGUUCCAAUGGGUUUUUUUUAAGUUCACCUUAUGUUCUAGGAGAAAUGAAUGUGCAAAAAAAAAAAUCAAUCUUCAAAUGAACUGUUGGGUAUUUCUGUUACUCUGGAUGGAAAAAGAUCAAUGGAAAACAAAAAACAAAAAAACAAACUUCCAAAUUGAAAUAGCAGUAAAACACAUGUAUUGGGGGUAAAAAAAAAAAAAAAAAACACACCUCAGAAAAUGCAGUUCUCCAGCCUCCAGCUACUGCCCACACAUGUGGCAAGUGUUAGAUGUGGUCGUGAGGAAUCCCAAAAUCAGUGCCCGGGCCUUUUCCUUCCUGGUACUAACAUUAAGAACACCUCCUAAGGGGCACUGUCAGGCUCAGGUCUUAAAGCACAUAGAUAAGAGAGAAUGUCCCAGAACGAUUCUCAGUAGCCCAGGCCAGCAGGUACUCACGGCACUGCACCUGCUCACUGCACACAGUCGCUGAGGCAGACCCCUCUCCUGGGGGCCAUGCAGAGCCAGGGCAGGGCAGCCCUAAGCUACUGAUGUUUUCUUUCCUUUGUACUAUGGUCUUUUCUGUAACUCCAAUAUUCAAACCCAUGUGAAUGGCAAAUAAACAAUUUGACAAGCACCUA